GGAUCUCCCCAUUGGUGGACAGCUAUCCUGGUUACCAACCAACACUACUCACUGGGCACAUGAGAAAACACAGAAAACUCGUAAAAUUCAAAGCUGAUUGCUAACAAAGUGCUGUUUUACAGGGACAUGGUAAUCCAACACAACACACAUUUCAAUUAUAUCUUUGGAGAAUCAUCGGCCCUUCAAAAUAUGGGAUAGGGUUAUGUGAACAGCAUCACCUGCAGCCACACAAUGCAUAACGAGGAGAGUAAGACGUGCCAAGGAGAGAAGCUAGCCUCUGCUGUGGACGACACUCUGGAUGAAUAUUUAAUUGCUCUUCAGCACAAAAACAGGAUCCUAAAGCGCCUUAAAGUCAAAGACCCCAGGGAGAUUGAGUUGGAACAGCUUGAGCAAGGUUUUUCCAUUUAUCUUAAUGGAGCCAACGCUGAAGCCAAUAGGAAGCAGCCCAAGAGCUCCAACCACAAGUCUGUCACCUCCCCACCUGCUUGGAGGUUGGCACGUACAGCAGAUGUCUGUCGAAGCGCCCACCAGUUAACUGAAGACAGCCGUAAUCUGGAGCAGACCCCCAGCAAGAGGAACCACACUGCCCCAGGAAAGGUCCAGAGGAAAGAAUGGGUGCAGGAUUCUGUCAGAAUUCGAACAGAGGAAGGACCAAUUUUGCAGAUCUCCCCAGAAAUACGCUACUCUGAGGAUUUUGAGCCCUCUGAAAGUGUAGACAUGGAGAGCUCCAGUCCGCGCUCGCCUCGUAGUCCCUGCUCCCCAAGGAACACCUGCAAGGUGUCGCGCUCCUUCAGCUCCAGGCAUGAGAGCCAAGGAGGCCAAGCAAAUCAGGAGUACAAUGAGAAGGUACUUCUCAACCUUGAGGAAGUGAAGGUUCUGCGACGCAGCCUGGAGGUUAGCAUGCGGCGAAGCAACCGCGGCUCGGCGGGGGAGGAGUCUGACGAGGAGUGGGUGGAGGAGCAGAUCGAGAGGGAGGAGAGCACUGAGAGUCUGGACGAACUGGGGCUGCCUGUCUCGUCCUCCAAGUCCUCCUCCAACCCUCGGCCCAGCAGCUCCCAAUGCCGUUUCAACUCAGCAAACCUUGUUGUCCUGGACUUUGGACCCUCAACUAAAGGUCGUAAGAUUGAACGCUCUCUGUCUGCAAAAAGGAAAGAAAACACUGACACCUUUAUACCUUCCAAGCCCAUGUUGGUAAAGAGCAAAACAUUAGAUAUGCCACCUUCCAAAGAGAGCUGGGAUGGUCAGAGGCCAAGGAGUCGGGUGGAGAGGCCCCUGUCAGCAGCCAGAAAGGCUUCUGUUGAGGAGCGAGACUCGGACGAGAUGGCAUGCAGGGUGCGCCAGGCCAUCCAGAGAGAAAACAACCCUUUGCAGAGCCCUGAGCUCUUCAACCGCCACACGGGCAGGGGACACCAGAUGAUGAAUGGCUUAGCGCACCACAAAAGCCAUGACAAGGAUGGGAACAGUGUCACCGUGGCCAUGCAGAGAAUUACGCUUAUGGGCCCCGGGCAACAACAGAAACUGCUGAAAGCCUUGGAGAAGCUUGAAGCAGGACCCGGCUGCAACAUUCCUCAGAGUGUCAAAACCGACCAUAGCAAGCAGCCGAGAAAGCUGUCCUCGGGCGAUGUCAUCCCAACAUUAUAUGUUACCAUGGAGAUCCUGUCAAACUGGGGGAACGCUUUGCAGGUUGGGCUCACUGAGUUGCAGUUCUUCUGCCUCAGAAACAAGAAGGUGUAUGUGUCUCCACACGACCUAGACAUCAGGAACGCUGACUACCCCGGCAAUCUGGGGGCGCUUGUCAAUGGAAAGGUGAAGACCACCAAAGAGCGUCACAUGUGGACGUGUUUGUUCCACCCUCCCAUCCAGCUCUACUUCAUCAUCAGGAACAUGGAGCGCUCCCCAGACUUUGGAAUAUCUCGCAUCAAAAUCUGGAACUACAACACAAGCCUCAAUGAUCUCGACAUUGGUGCACGGCAUAUAAAGCUGUACCUUAACAGCACAUUGGUGUUUGAAGGUGAGCUGGAGAAGGGCUGCGGCAACCACGUCUUUGACUACAGCACCACAAUUGACCUCCAGGAUUUCCAGGUUUCAGACUCCUUGUUUUCCAGCCCUGUUUCUUCAGGACACAAUCUACGGGGUGCCAGCCCCCAGCGCCAUGAGGACAGAAAGGGUGGGGAGGGCUGCAGCACCCAGCACCACCACAGUUGGAAUCCGCAGCCAUCAGAUGCAGGCCAGGCUAUGGUAGACAUGCAGGAAAAGGCACAUACAUUGCUACCACCCAUCACUCCUUCACCAGUGGGGGUUUCAUCCACCGCUCUUCGCUCCUCCACACAAAGAAACUCUUUUGACCGGUCUGCUUCAGAGGAGCCCCUCUCUCUCCGGCAGCAGGUGGAGCAGCCUGCGACCAUGGAGCAGACGGUCACCACCCAGCCGUCCUCCUCACGGGUGGCCCCCCAGUGGCUGCAGCCCCUGAGCAGAGGAGCUCCAGAGGGCUGCGAAGCCAGCAGGGAGAGGCCCCGAUGGCUGGUGCCUCAGCACUCUGCAGAGCCCAUAUCUCCGUCAGCCUCGUCCUCUUCAAUGCUCCCGGAGCUGCCGUGUAACCCAGGCAGAGUGUGUAGGGGGAUGGAGAGGACAGCGAACGGGGAUCAGUGGAAGGCUGACUCUUUGGACCUAAGCUGCGACCUGCUGGAGGAGCUCGCGGAGCAAGCCCAAGACAGACCCAUCAGUGGGCGCAGGAGCUCAUUUCGAAACACUGCAGUCACUGCCAGGCAGACAGAGGAGCAGCACCUUAGAGCUACUGCACUUUCAAACACAGAGGAGCCAAUGCCAAUGGUGAACGCAAGCAGGAGGCAGGGCACCCCUCUGGCCCAGCUGCACAGCCAACAGGAUGACACCCUCAGGGAGUCCUGGGACUCUCUCACUAAGUUCAACCAAUGCCAGCGUGGACGCAUCUCCAACAUGGGCUUCGAAGGUGACAUCUUCGAUGAGUUCCUCCAGCGCCAGGGCCGUGGCCCAACCACAGUUCCAGUCAACUCUUCCACAGCACCCAGGAGCCCACGUUCCUCCGUCACCACUCAGGGGGCACUGUGUGAAGGCCCUGACGAUGAUCCAUCCAUGGAGCGGGAGGACGAGUUUGAGAUCCCUGUGCUGCCGCAGGGCCAAAGGCUGGUCAUCAACAUCCUGUCCACCUGGGGCGAUCGCCACUACGUGGGCCUCAAUGGCCUCGAGGUGUUUAGUUCCAGUGGAGAGCCCCUACGACCUGCUCACAUCCUUGCUGACCCUCCAGACAUCAACAUUCUGCCUGCGUACGGCAAAGAUCCACGCGUGGUCACCAACUUGAUUGAUGGCGUUAAUCGUACCCAGGAUGACAUGCAUCUUUGGCUAGCACCUUUCACCCCUGGUUGUAGCCACACCAUCUUUCUGGACUUUGGAGCUCCCUACCAAGUGGCCAUGAUCCGUGUGUGGAACUACAACAAGUCACGCAUUCACUCCUUCCGAGGGGUGAAGGAAGUGGAAAUGCUGCUGGAUGGAAGGUGCAUCUUCAGGGGCGAGAUUGCCAAGGCAUCUGGGACCCAGUCAGGAGAGUUGGACCAAUUUGGUGACACUAUCCUGUUCACCACUGAUGAUGAGAUCCUGGAGGCUAUGUCACGUUAUGAUGAAACCUUCCUCGGUGAAAGUGAGGGUCCCGAGAGCCUGGUGGCUGAGGAGGAGCUGCAGAGACCACGCACCGCUGAUGGAGAAGGAGAGGAAAGACCCUUCACACAGGCCGGCUUCCGAGAGGAAGACCUCAAAUUGAAACUUCACCUCAACCCCACUGUGAGCCAGUCUGAGGAGAACAUGGAGCAUAUUCCUGGGAUGUACACUGGAAAUUGCCUUAGACUAGAGCUGGUGUUGACUUGGGGGGACUCCCACUACAUGGGCCUGACAGGAUUGGAGGUGGUGGGGAAGGAUGGGGAGAGUUUACCUUUAGACCUCAGUAUGAUGGCUGCCUCACCAGGGGACCUCAAUGACCUGCCUGAGUAUGAAUAUGACCUGCGCACACUUGAUAAGCUUAUAGAUGGCCACAACAUUACCACUGAUGACCAGCACAUGUGGCUGAUCCCUUUCUCCUAUGGAGAGCCCCACAUCUUGAACAUAACGUUCAACAAGGCCCAGACCAUCGCUGGACUCCGUAUCUGGAACUACAACAAGUCCCCUGAGGACUCUUACAGAGGGGUGAAGGUGAUCCAUUUGUUCAUGGAUGAUGUUGCAAUCUCCCCAUUGGAGGGAUUCCUGAUCAGGAAAGGACCAGGCAACUGUCACUUUGACUUUGCCCAGGAGAUCCUCUUCCUAGACUUUCUCCAGAUGCCCACCGCCAACAAGAGUGCAGUGGACUACCACAAAGGAAGCUUCAAGAAACAAGAACAGGCCAGCAUGGACUAUGAAGCUCCCAUCAUGCCUUGUGGAUUCAUCUUUCAGCUGCAGCUGUUAACAAACUGGGGAGAUCCGUACUACAUCGGCCUCAACGGCCUUGAAUUUUAUGACCAGAACCACGAGAAGAUCAUUCUCAGUGAAAACAACAUCGCUGCUUUCCCAGACAGCGUGAACGUACUGGACAAUGUGAGCGGUGAUGUGAGGACUCCAGACAAAUUAAUAGAUGGAGUCAACAGUUCCCAAGAUGGAAGAUGUAUGUGGUUAGCCCCGGUGCUCCCUGGACUGGUGAACCGUGUGUACGUCAUCUUUGAUCAGCCAAUGACGGUGUCCAUGAUCAAACUGUGGAACUACUCAAAGACACCACAAAGGGGAGUAAAAGAGUUUGGGCUGCUUGUGGACGACCUCCUGGUGUACAACGGCAUCUUGGACUGUGUAAGCCAUGUGGCACGAGGCAUUCUGCCUACCUGUGAUCCAGUGGUGCCCUACCACACCAUCCUGUUUACAGACAACGCCUACAUUGCACACCGUGAGAGGAACACUGUCAUCAGUAAUUAUGUGGAGGACCAGGACGUGAAGAUGACCAAUGAGAAUCAGAUAGUCCAUCACAACAAGAAGAAGCAGACAGCAGACCCAGCUCUUCGGCCUAAAACCUGCAUGACUGAUGGUGGGAAACAUGGAAAGAGGAGGUACUGACAGACAGAUGAUGACAGAUGAACAGACGGACGUGGAUUCAGUGCUCAUGCAAAGAGAGCGGAACUGAAAGGGAGGAACUAUGGCUGAAUUUUGAAAACCUCCCUUACUUUCAGCAAAGUCAAGUUUGCAAAGCAAAGAUCAAAAGUAGCAAUGCUUUGAAAGGGCGACUUGACAGAUGGUCCACAAUGAAAAGAGCAGAGCUUGCACAGAUAACAAUGGGUUUGUACACACACACACACACACACACACACAAAAACACACACACAAAAACACACACACACACACACACACACACACACACACACACACACACACACACACACACACAGAUUCCACUUUAUGGUUGGAUCACUCCCCUUUCCCCACCAGGACACAUGUUAUACUGAACACAUACUGUAUGGUUGUCCCUCCCACAGUGCCAGGAUGAACCUGUGAGGCUGCAUUUUUAUCAGCCCUAUUAUUGUGCCUAGUACUAAACACUAUAUCUGUGGCUGCUACUUGUGACUUCUGUGUUGUAUAUUUAAAUGCUGCUUGUGGCGUGUAAAUACUUUAAAAAAAAAAGCCACAUGAAUACACUCUCACAUCAGGACGUGGCCAGUGGUACAGUUAUUAAUGAAUUGUAUCCACUGAUGAGCCUAGACGAUCAGCUCUUUGCCUAAUGGGUUUGAGAACUGACCAACACUCCCGCCACUACACCAACCGGUCGAAAUGCUAUGCAGACACUAAUUUAUAUCUAUUAAUGAUUUAUAUCUGUUGGCUAAUAUAUUUCAAAGCCUAAAUGGUUCUACUUGGGGAAGUGCUUCCAGGGAGCUUUUCACCUUUGAAAGAUUUAUAUCGAAGGCUAAAAUGGAAAUGCCUGUAGUUGAAAAAAGUACAGUGGUCCUUUUGUACAUUUCAACUUGAAGCUGCACAAAGCUUCAGACUCCACACUUGAAUAUUCAAAAUGUAUAUUUGGCUUCACAGAAUUAGGUCAGUAUAUUUUUCUGCUUAGCGCCAGGUAGAAAAAAAACAACUUGUUUGCAAUCCAAGUGACCUUUAUCGAAGUUGCUAUAUAAGGUAGAUUUUAUGGAGGCAAACAUUUCAUGAGCCAGUAAAGCAAGUUUUAGUAAUUUGGUUGAAAAUAAAAAAUUAAAUUAAAUCUACAUUUGCUUUAGAUUUUGAGUAGAUUCAGUAACAGGCACCUUCUAAUAUGCAAAUACUAUAACCUUACCUCAAAUUGAGAAGAAUGAUCUUAAAAAAGGGAUUUAUCUUUAUCUAUCUCUACCUUCACUAUAAUAGUUAGUAGUUGGUGUUGUGCUGUUCAUUCAUUCAAUAUUUACUGUACUAACUUGUUGCAUGGGAAAUUAGCUGUUACCAUCUUUAAAUGUUACUUUUGUUUAAAAGGAGUUUUUAGCGCUUCAUGGAAAAACCAUUUCAUCCUCCUUACAUAUGACAGGAGUAACCGUUAUGAAAUGCAGUUUUAUGUAUUUAAUUUCAGCGUGUCCAAGAGCAACAAUGGUCAAUACUCUGUAUCUCAGUCCUGCUCUUUAGGGUGGUGGCUAUUAUUGUGUGUGAUAUUAGUGUUUUGAAAUAUUUAAUUAUUUUUCUAAUCUUGAUUGAAUAUGUAUAUUUGAUGUAGUUUUAUUUGAAAUAAAUAAAAAUGACAAAAAACAAAAA